CCUCUCUGUCUCUUUGUCUCAAUCAUUCCUCAUUCACUCAUGUCAUUAAUCACUUUCUUUCUUAAGCUUCACUCUCUCUCACUCUUACUCCUCUGUAUAUUAAUAUAUUAAAAGUGCCUUACCACUUAUUAAAACGAUAAUCUCAUCUAAUCCUCAUCUGCGAUACCGUUCACCCUUGUAGCGCCCUCGAUCUCCUGUUUCUCUUCCCUCUCUUUCUCUUUCCGACUCAAUUCUCCCGCCAAAAGUUUGCCCAUCAUUCAUCCCCACACGCCUUCCACCAAACACUCCCUCUCUUUUUACAAAGAGCAGAUGGAUGACCAUGAAGAUGGCUACUAUUACACGGGACAGACACCGUUCCGUAAGCCGAACGAGUCUCUGCUGAGGUUCCAUGCCCGACGCUUGAUCUCGAUUCAGACUCUAGGCCGCCUCGAGUAUACAGUCGAGGAAGCCGAAACGAAAUUCAAUCGGGCACUUGGUCCUGCAGAACUAACUUUCGUCGGACUUGGUGCUGUUAUUGGCACAGGCGUCUUUGUUUUAAUGGGCACUGCUGCCCAGACGCAGGCUGGCCCCUCUGUUACGCUGUCUCUUCUCUUAGGAGGUUUUGUGUCCGGAAUUGCAGCUUUGUCCUAUGCAGAAAUGGCAUCCAUGAUUCCGAUUGCAGGCUCAGCCUACACUUAUGCAUAUGCCUCUAUAGGAGAGCUUGCAGCAUGGAUCAUCGGCUGGGAUCUUAUACUUGAAUAUCUUGUUGGCGCUGCUACGGUGUCUGUAGGGUGGUCAGCCUAUAUGGUAGCUUUUCUUGAGGACGCAUUCAAUUGGAAAGUUUCACCUCAAUGGACUCGCACACCGAUCAAGUGGGAAAAGGGAGCCUUGAGCUCGUCAGGCGCUUAUUUUAACACACCGGCAUUCGUUAUUUCAGCUCUUGUUUCCACCACGAUUUAUUUUGGCAUCCACAUGACUGCCAAAAUCAAUAAUUAUCUUGUCGUGUUCAAGGUCCUUGUGCUGAUCAUCGUUAUCCUGGCUAUGAUCCCAUUCGUCAAGACAGAAAACUACCAUCCUUACAUCCCGGAAGAAACUGGGGGCGUGUCAGGGAUGCUUGCAGGCGCAUCAACGGUAUUUUUUGCUUAUAUUGGAUUCGACAGUAUCAGCACCACAGCUCAGGAGGCAAAAGAGCCCCAGGUCAACCUUCCUGUGGGUAUAAUGGCAACGAUUGUUAUAGCUACUAUACUCUACGUCGGUAUCAGCGUUGUUACAGUAGGCGUCGCGCACUAUACGAAACUUGGAGGCGAUUCACCAGUGGUAGAUGCUGUUCGCUUGACAGGAAUGCAUUGGCUUGUUGUCAUAACUGAAUUGGGAGCUUUGGCAGCCACCACAUCUGUCAUCCUUGUCUUGUUGAUAGCUCAGCCUCGUGUUUUCUAUGCCAUGGCAAAUGAUGGUCUGAUUCCUCCUCUGUUUGCCAAGGUUCAUCCGAAAUAUAAGACACCAUACGUUAGCACACUAAUAUCCGGCGUCCUCUGCUCGGUUUGUGGUGGACUCUUUCCUAUACAGGUGCUUAGUGAUAUGUCGUCCGUUGGGACAAUAUUCGCUUAUUUUGUAGUCAACAUUGGCGUCAUUAUCCUGCGAUAUACUAGAAAGACCGUACCCAGGCGGUUCAAAGUCCCAGGAGGUCCGUUUUUACUACCCGGUAUUGGAGCAGGUAGCUCUCUACUUUUGCUUCAAGGCGCACGAACUGAGGCUAUUAUGCGGCUGCUGGUCUGGAUGGGGGUGGGGAUUUUGAUUUAUAUAUUGUAUGGAAGAACACACUCUGAAAUCAACAACCCACGAUUCGUUGUGGACGAACCCAUGAGAGUAUUGCAUGAAGAUUUCUCAGCAGAUAGUCAGGACUAUCAGGGGUAUACCGAUGAUGAUCUUAGGCAACAGUACGCCCGGCAGUUGGCUCGCCGGAUGGAGUAUGAUAGGCCGCGACACCCUCGAAACAGUGACUAUAUAGAGACACGACCGCCAUCAGGGUUUGGUGUUCCUGAUUUAACAGGCUGUAGAAGGGAGCAUCGCCUCAGUGCCGCAGAGGGCUCAUUUCGCUUCCAUGACAGAGCGUCAAGUGAUGUAGGCAUCGAACAUGGUGUUGGGAACUCUUUUGAUACUCGCCGCAAACGCAUUGAACGCGUCUCUACUAUGCCAGACCUUGCAGGUCCAUUGUCAGGAGGCAAGGACGAAUCAGUCAGCAUUUCAUCUCGAGGUUUCCAUCGCCCGCAAACGACAUUUGAGCCAUAUCCAGAAACGGCUCACAUCUCUCCCCGUAUUUCUUGAAAUUGACCACUUUGUACAAUGCUACCUGUACAAUAACUG